AAAUUUAUUUGAUAAGUCCAAAAAAGGAUUCAGAUAUAAAUAAAUAAAAAAGAUGGAUUUAGUUGAACAUAUAUAAGCAACUUCUUACAAGCUUAGGGUUUUGAAUACCAUCUUCAAGUUGGAACAAGAAUUUAAAGAAAACUGUGAUCAUCAAUGUUAUGGUCCAAACUUGGAUAUAGAGCUAUUUGGAUAUUUGGGAGUCGUGGCAACCAUUUUUGAAUGAGAACAAUUGUCUUGUCUUUUCAACAUUAAAACAAAGUGAACAGUAACCUGUAUUAAGAUUGAGGGACAUGUUUUAUGAUUCUGGCAGUACAACAUUCGUUGCACUCUGUGAGGAAUGUGUGCAUGGUGCCUUAUGGCAACGGAAUGCAUAAAGCCUAUAAAAGUAGAAAAAAAAGAAGGUAAAACAGGUUCUAUCAAAAUUGGAAAUGAUGGAGACUAUUUCAGUGUUUCAGAGGAUGGAAAAACAUCUCGAUUAGAAAAAGCAAAAAUUUCUCUAACAGACUGUUUGGCAUGCAGCGGAUGCAUAACAUCUGCCGAGAGCAUCUUAAUCACUCAACAGAGCCAAGAUGAAAUAUAUCGAGUGCUGGCAGAAAAUUCUCAAUCUAAGGAUAAUCAAAAAACAGUGGUUGUUUCUGUGUCGCCCCAAGCCAGAGCUUCUCUUGCAGCGAAAUAUAAUCUCUCGGUGAUGGAGACUGCCCAGAAAUUAACUGCAUUUUUUAAGAAAUUAGGUAUUCAUUAUGUUUUUGACACAACAUUUUCUCGAUGCUUCAGUCUUUUGGAGAACCAAAAAGAAUUUGUACACAGGUAUCUGGCUAAAGACACGCAAAACGAUUCAUUACCAAUGCUAACAUCUGCCUGUCCAGGAUGGAUAUGUUAUGCUGAGAAGACUCAUGGUGACUAUAUUUUACCUUACAUUAGCACCACCAAAUCACCGCAGCAAAUUAUGGGUUCAAUAGUUAAAGAUUAUUUGGGAAGCAAAAUUAAUAGAAAACCAAAUGAAAUAUACCACGUAACUGUUAUGCCUUGUUAUGAUAAGAAACUAGAAGCUUCUAGGUCUGAUUUUUAUCAGGAUCUGUAUCGGACACGAGACGUUGACUGUGUUGUCACCACAAUUGAAGUUGAUUUGAUGUUGGAGAAAGAAGGAAUCAGUUUUGUGGAUCUUCCAAAUGAGAAACUUGAUUCAGAAUUCCUUAAUUAUGGAAGUGAAGAAUUAAUUGGCCACUCUGGUUCGGCUUCUGGAGGCUACUGCGAAUACGUUUUUUCGUAUGCCGCAUUUCAUCUGUUCGGAAAGAAGGUGGAAAAUUUACAGUUUAAAACUUUAAGGAAUAGAGAUUUCCGAGAGAUUACACUGGAAACGGAAGAAGGAAUCGUCUUAAAAUUUGCCAUAGCAAAUGGCUUUAGGAACAUACAAAAUAUCAUUCAGAAGAUAAAACGGAAAAAGUGUCCUUAUCACUUUGUGGAAAUAAUGGCUUGUCCUUCGGGUUGCAUCAACGGCGGUGCUCAGAUUCGUCCUGAAGACGGCAAGAUGCAAAAUGAAUUGCUGGACAGAGUCAAAGAGCUCUAUCGAUCAGUGAAGAUGGAGCAACCGGAAGAGAACGAACUCGUUGAAACUCUGUAUUCCGACUGGCUGGGAGGAACCGAUACUUUAAAAUGUCAACAGAUGUUGCAUACAAAAUAUCAUGCCGUAGAAAAAAUGAAAAAUGCAUUAGCUAUUAAGUGGUAAAUUAUCAUAUUUGUAUAUUUUGUACAGAAUAAAAUUGUAUAUUAAUAUAAAA